ACGCCAGCAAGAUGGCGGCCAAGGCAGGCAACGCAAGCGUGCUGGGCGGCAACGCCAGCGGCGAGUUCAUCUCCGUCGCAGGGCUGCGCGUGGACGGUCGUCGCAGUGAAGAGGUGCGCCGUAUCCGUACGCGCUUUGGGCUUUUCUCGCGCGUGGACGGAUCCUCGUACUAUGAGCAGGGCAAUACCAAAGUAGUGGCGGUUGUCUACGGACCCCGCGAGCUGCGUACGGCUGCUGCGGGAUCCGUGAACAGUGGCGCAGCAGCCGUUGGCACUGGAUCGGGCAACGCUGCUAGCAAUACGCAGCCGCGUGCCACGGUCAACUGCGAGUUCACACAAGCGGCCUUUGCUACGUCGGAGCGCAAGCCACAGCGCAGUGGCGACCGCAAGAAACUCGAGAUGUCGCUGGCUGUCAAGCAGAUCUUCGAGGCCUGUAUUCAGACACAGCUGUAUCCGCGGUCUCAGAUUGACAUUUUCGUGCAGGUGCUGCACGCCGACGGCGGGGAGCUGCCAGCCAGCAUCAAUGCCAUUACCUUGGCGCUAAUUGAUGCAGGUAUUGCGCUUAAUGACUUCGUGGUAGCCUCGUCAGCCGGAUAUUUGCAGCAGACAAUGCUCUGCGAUCUGAACUACGCGGAGGAAGUGGCGCGCGCCCCGCAGAUGAUCAUUGCGCUGAAUCCGCGCACGCAGAAGCUGAAUCUACUGCAAAUGGAGUGCAAGCUGCAGCUGGAGUUGUUCGAGAGCCUCAUGGAGGUGGCCACCGAGGGCUGCAACCAGAUCUACGACCUGCUGCAGAAUGCCACCAUGGACCGCCGCUCGGUCUCUACAACUCGAGGACCUCUCGCCCUGGGCUCAUCAGAUGCGCAAGAGAACCAGGAGCCUUUCGAUGCGACAAUAUCCAUCAAGUCGCUCGCACCCGCGUCAAAGUCGGCCACCAAAGCGCAGGGAACGAUAAGCUCAAGCUCGCAAGACUCAAGUGCUCGCAAACUCCGCCGCGCACUUCACAGUGUCGACAGCAACCGACCUCGACCAACAGUAAAUCCGUCAACAAACCCGCUGUCGAAUGCGCCUUCGUACACACUCACAAACGCAGCAGAAACUAAGAAAGUGCGCGGACAUGCUGCGACCAUUUCACAGACUUCUACAGCGACAAAUGAUGCCACUGAGGGGGCCAUAACAGGGCACAAACGUUUAGCAGCUGCCGCAGCCAACGAGGCAAAGAUGCCGACGCGCUCUGGAGGUCGGUCGGAGGAGCAGGAGAGCGAGAAUUUGGCCUGGAUGGACAUGAUGCUUGCGUUGUUGGAGAAGCGCUACGGCUCCGAUUCCUCGCUUCCUGUAUGUCUCACCGACCUGGAAGCGGCCAACAUGUUCCACUUACCACAUAGCAAAAGGAUUAAGACAGGAAUCGCCUCUACCCAGGGGGAAUCCAAGUCCAGGACUAGCCUGGACGCCAAUAGAAUUCACACAAGUGCUAAGGACAGUAAAUUGCCGGCAACUGGGUCAACGAACUCGCAGCAGAUCCCAGCGCGGUUCGACCAGGAGCUAGAACAAGCAAAAGAGAAGAAGCGACAGCGCCUGCUGCUACGGCACGCGCAGCAGAUCCAAACGUCCAGUGUAUCCUCGUCCACGAGCUGUGGGUGCAAGACCGGCUGCCUCAAAAUGUACUGCAUGUGCUUCAGCUCCCGAGGCUUUUGCCACGCCGGAUGCGCCUGCGACGACUGCAAGAACGGACGCAAUAGCCAGACGGAGCGCGUGGAGGCAAUCCAGAGUUAUCUAGCUAACGAUCCGCGCGCCUUCUCCUUCGCGUCGUUGCCUCAAGAUACGAACACCACAGGCUUCCUUCACCUCCUGCCGCAGAAAUCUAGCGCGGUCGUGAUGCGCGGGUGUCGCUGCAAGAAGUCCAAGUGUCUGAAGAAAUACUGCGAGUGUUUCCAGAACGGCAUCGCCUGCACGUCGCACUGCCGCUGCAUGGAUUGCUCCAACCACAGCGAGUCGACGGCUGCACACCAGCAUCCUCAUCUACAGAAGGGCAGCGGUACGGCUCACGACGAGGACGCCCAGUCCAGUAUCUCAUCCACCGCCGGAAAGAAGCCGUUCCAUCCCGUUCACAUCACUGUGACCAAGCAACCUCGUCGGAAUCAAGUGGGCAAAACGCUGCGUCUCAAUUUUCAACCCACGCAGAUGCAGUGUACUCCGACGGCCACGUCCAGAGCCUCCAUCGACAGCAGCCAGUCGCCCGAGCAUCACGCUGCCAAGAAGCGCAAGCACACGCGCAAGGCGCGUCGUCGUCUGGACGUCUGUGUUGACGCUAUUAACGCCCUCGACAACUCAACUGCAUUUGGCAAUUAA